UUUAAUACAAUUCGCGUCGCGUGUCUUGUCGCGUUUCGUAACCUUAAUUCUCCCAAGUUAGUACUACCUACGAGAAGAUUCACAAAACAAAACCCGGUCACUUUCGCCUCUGUGUUGCUUCUUACAGCGUGUUUUAACAAUCAACGCGUGUAUAAACCAGGAUGGAAACUCCUGUUCUGUCCUCGUUUCGUCCAUCCCAAAUUUUGCGUGACAACUCACUCCAAUCAACAAUUUCAUGUGUAGACUAUAAUGACACGGGUGAAUUGCUCGUUACAGGAUGCGACACAGAUGGUACUAUGCACAUUUACCAGUGCUUAAAGUCUGGUGCACCUCCAACGAAGAUUUCGUGUAAAAAUCACGGAGUCUCGGUUGCAAAAUUUACACAUCAUUCAAACAAUUUGCUUCAUUCGAGUCCUCGUUCAGACCACAGUAUACGUUACUUUUCAACACAUGAUGACACUUACAUCUCGAUGUUUAGUGGCCACAAGGCUACCGUUACUGAUAUCCAAUUGUCACCGGUGGAAGACCAGUUCCUUUCCACUGGACUCGACAAAACCGUCAAACUCUGGGACUUACAGAGGGGCUCAGGGGCACUGGGCUCUUUGUCACUGCCUGGUACGGGCAUUAUUGCAUACGAUCCCACUGGCUUAGUGUUCGCCGUCGCUUGUUAUGAGCUUUCAACAAUUUAUCUGUAUGAUGUGCGAAACUACGACAAGGAACCCUUUUCCACCUUUACCAUUACCGAUGACAGAUACCUCUCCCGCUUUUCGUUUCCUCCUCGGAUGCCGGAAUGGCGGCAUAUUGAGUUUUCAAAUGAUGGCAAGUUCAUUUUACUAGCUACGAAAACCUCGCUUCAUUAUGUACUAGACGCAUACACUGGAGACAUCAUUGUCCGGCUUGAAAACCCUCCGGACUAUGUAGAUCCCAGUACUAGCUGGUGUGGAAACGUUUGUUUCACUCCUCAAGACCCUUAUGUUAUCGGCACCGUCGGUGACCGGAGACUCAACAUUUGGAAUCUCAAACACAUGUCCUCAUCUCAUCGCAAAAAGAUGAUUACGCCAGAGUCGUACAUCGAAUCACAAUCAGCAGUGAAGCCUUCCAUUGUUAAGUUCAAUCCUCGCUAUUUACAGCUAGCUACCGCUGGCUCGCAGCUAGUUCUCUGGCUUCCCAGCAAUCACAACCCCGGUAGCGACGCAAGUGCAUUAUAGUGCACAACGUAGCCCUUUGGGUGCUGAAAAAUGUAAAAAUUGAUAGACUAGUGUCUGUAGUUUUGUAAUGAGAAGGAAUACAAAUGAUGAUAUAAGCAGCAGGACCGCAACGUGGGAGGAUAGUACGAAGAACAAUUUACCUCUAAAAGCAGAUCCAUCGGUGGUCUUUUC